GUCACAAAGCCUAGACCUCCCUUCGCAGGUGGCGUCACGGGUCCUCUGCGCCGCGCCCGAGGUCAGCAAGCAAGGACGGGCGCAUCCCAGCGUGCGGCGGGCGCCGGGCCUCGCAGCUCCGAACUGCACCUCGAGCGACAAGUUCCUUGGCUCACACCUGUCUCCGAGUCACGGUCUGCCCUGUGAGGUGCAGCAUUUGACAAGUCAUUCCCCAGCCCCCACAUGCCACGUCCCGAGCUUCGGAGUUAACAGUCCUCAAUUUUGAGACUCCCUCCCCUCUGCUUUCAUAAGUCUUUUUAUUUUUUUUUUCUAAACCCCAGUUGAGUUUGCUCUUGUAAAAUUAAAUUUGGAGUUUCGGGUGCCAUGCAGAAAGAUUAAGACUCAGCACCCGUUUGAUACAAAACAAGUUCAUGCUCGUUAGAGUGUUUGUGGGAAACGUGACUCCCAGUACACACAGGAUACUAUGGCUGAGCACGGGGCUCAUAUCACAACUGCUUCGGUGGCGGACGACCAGCCAUCCAUCUUUGAAGUGGUAGCGCAGGACAGUUUAAUGACAGCAGUGCGACCCGCUCUUCAGCAUGUGGUCAAGGUUCUUGCAGAAUCCAAUCCUGCACACUAUGGCUUCUUCUGGAGGUGGUUUGACGAAAUCUUCACCCUGCUAGACCUUCUGCUCCAGCAGCAUUACCUUUCCAGAACCAGUGCCUCAUUUUCUGAACAUUUCUAUGGCUUAAAGCGGAUUGUAGCAGGGAGCUCACAGCAGCUUCAGCGACCGGCCAGCGCUGGGCUUCCCAAGGAGCACCUUUGGAAGUCCACUGUGUUCCUAGUUCUUCUACCCUACCUGAAAGUGAAGCUGGAGAAGCUGGCUUCUAGCUUGAGAGAGGAAGACGAAUACUCUAUUCACCCCCCUUCUUCUCACUGGAAACGAUUCUACAGAGCCUUCCUGGCGGCCUACCCAUUUGUUAAUAUGGCCUGGGAAGGCUGGUUUCUUACACAGCAACUUAGAUACAUCCUAGGAAAAGCGGAGCAUCACUCGCCCCUGCUGAAACUGGCUGGAGUUCGGCUAGGUCGACUGACAGCUCAGGACAUGCAAACUAUUGCACACAGACUCUCUGAAGCCAGUGCGAUGCAGGACCCCGUCAGAAGCGUUGGUGAGAGGAUAAAGUCGGCUCUGAAGAAAGCUGUGGGAGGUGUCGCCUUGUCCCUCUCCACUGGCCUUUCCGUGGGUGUGUUCUUCCUGCAGUUCCUUGACUGGUGGUACUCUUCUGAGAACCAAGAAACCAUCAAAUCACUGACUGCUCUGCCUACCCCACCGCCACCUGUACACCUAGACUACAACCCGGAUUCACCUCUGUUACCCAAAAUGAAGACAGUGUGCCCGCUGUGUCGUAAAACCCGGGUGAAUGAUACAGUUCUUGCCACCUCUGGCUAUGUGUUCUGUUACCGCUGUGUAUUUAAUUAUGUGAGGAGUCACCAAGCCUGCCCCAUCACAGGCUAUCCCACGGAAGUCCAGCAUCUAAUUAAACUCUACUCUCCAGAGAACUGAACGAGAUUAGCAGAGUAUCUCACAGCUCAAGUUCUGGACUGUAGGCCGCAAGACUGUUUCAGUGUGAAAAACAACACUGAUACUUCCCUAAUUCAUAACUGCAGUAAUUUUCAGUAACUCUAUGGAUUCCUUUAAAAGGACAUAUCCACUUGAUCCUAACUUUUUGCUCUCUACCAAGCUGGUUAAGCAGGAGAAUCAGGAUUACAGGCGGUGGGAGGACCAAUGUGGACAAGGAUUAAAGAAGGCCUCUAAGUGUUGUGUCCUCAAGAGGAGGGUUUUCAGCUGAAUGUGGCAGUGUAGUAUCUGCACCCAGGAGGCGGAGACAGGAUUUUUGAGUUCAAGGCCACCAGAGGGAGACUGUCAAAAAAGUAAAAUGAAAGCGAGAGGUUAUGAUUAAGGACACAAGCUCACAGGCAAACCCAGGUUAGACCUUACACGACAGGCGGUCUGGUAAACAGGCCUUCUCUUUAGAAGAUAUUUCUUUACCUGUGAAGAAGUAGUGUGUAGUCUUCAUUAGACUACAUACAAUAUGAAACACAGACUUCUUUCUAGAAAUACUUAGGGACAUUUUAGAGAAACCACCCCUUCCAAAUACCUUGACUUACUAACAUCUGCUAAUUAUCAGCAUUUGAAGAUUCCUUCAUGAGCCCACACCUGUCUCUCUUGGGAAGCAGAUUAAAGAAAAAUAGGAUUUGUUUAUAGGGAGGAGUCUGGAAAUUUCCAUGUGAAUGAAAGCUAGCGAGCAAUGGUGAGAUGCAGUAAAUACUUACCGAAUGCUUACCUAGUGAAUACUCAAUGAGGAGCAAAAGCUUUCCGCUUGCUCUUAGAGGAGUUUGCUCAAUUGACAUGAAUCAUCCUGGGUAUUAUGAAAGUUUCUAUGAAACAUUUAAGUAAAUUUUAACAAUAUAUGAUUCUGGGAAAGAAUUGUUCCAUGCCGUCAUGAUUACUUCAGGGGUUUAAAAUAAAUUUUCAUACAGAU